CAGAGAGAGGCCACAGGCAGCGGCCCUCUGCUGGAGGGGGCGCUUAUCCGAACAAAUACACACACAUGUGUGAGCUGCUUGGCCGCACGAUAGCUCAUAUGUGGACAACAGUUCUUUUAGAAAAGCAUACCACCGCGGCUCGCCAUUUAAAAUGCCUAUCUUACUUUUCCUGUUAGACACGUCCGCCUCUAUGAAUCAGCGCACUUAUUUGGGUACGACGUAUCUGGACGUUGCUAAAGGCGCGGUUGAGGUCUUUAUGAAGCUGCGUGCCCGAGACCCGGCUAGUAGAGGCGACAGGUACAUGCUAGUUACAUUCGAUGAUCCACCAUACGGAGUGAAGGCAGGCUGGAAGGAGAACCAUGCGACCUUCAUGUGUGAGCUGAAGAACCUGCAGGCCUCUGGGCUGACCACACUAGGUCACGCUCUACGCACAGCCUUUGACCUGCUUAACCUCAACCGCCUCGUCUCAGGCAUCGACAACUAUGGACAGGGACGAAACCCUUUCUUCCUUGAGCCAUCGGUGAUCAUCACUAUCACCGAUGGGAACAAGCUUACGCACAGCUCUGGGGUGCCAGAUGAGCUGCACCUGCCUCUGAACUCUCCUUUGGCUGGUAGUGAACUGACCAAAGAGCCCUUUCGAUGGGACCAGCGUCUGUUUGCGUUGGUGCUGAGGCUGCCGGGAGCAGCAACACCAGACAACGAGCAGCUCGGUAGCGUCCCCACAGAUGAAUCCGCAAUCACCCAAAUGUGUGAAGUCACUGGAGGACGAUCAUACUGUGUACGGACACAAAGGAUGUUGAACCAGUGUCUGGAAUCUCUGGUCCAAAAGGUCCAAAGUGGCGUUGUCAUUAAUUUUGAGAAGACGGGGCCAGAUCCACCUCUCAUUGGGGAAGAUAACUCUGUGGAGUCAAGUCGUCCUGUGUCGUCAUUCAGUUCUCAGCCGUGGCACAGUUGCCACAAACUCAUCUACGUGCGUCCCAACCCAAAGACAGGCGUGCCAGUUGGGCAUUGGCCCAUACCAGAGUCCUUCUGGCCGGACCAGAAUUCUCCCACGCUGCCACCUCGCUCUGCUCACCCCAUGGUGCGUUUCUCUUGUGUGGACUGUGAGCCCAUGGUGAUUGACAAACUUCCCUUUGACAAGUAUGAACUGGAGCCCUCUCCGCUCACCCAGUACAUUCUGGAACGGAAAUCUCCACACAUGUGCUGGCAGGUGUUUGUGAGCAGCAGUGGGAAGCAGAAUGACCUGGGACAGCCGUUUGGCUAUCUUAAAGCCAGCACCACUCUCACCUGUGUCAACCUGUUCGUCAUGCCUUUUAACUUCCCAGUCCUUCUCCCACUUCUCGAUGAUUUGUUUAAAGUGCACAAACUAAAACCAAACCUCAAGUGGCGUCAGGCCUUAGAAAUGUACCUGAAAGCGAUGCCUCCAUACUACCUCAUGCCCUUAAAAAAGGCGUUGAGGAUGAUGGGUGCACCUAAUCUGAUAGCAGACACGAUGGACUGCGGCCUGAGUUACAGUGUCAUCUCUUAUCUAAAGAAGCUCAGUCAGCAGGCAAAGAUUGAGUCAGACCGUUUAAUCGUGUCCGUGGGGAAGAAAGCUCCUCAAGAAACUGGCAUCAAGGUGAAGAACCACUCCAGCUCUCUGUCUCUAGCCCACCGACGAGACUUCAAGCAGCUGCUGCAGGGAAUCACUGGGGAGGGGCCUCUUCGACUCGUGGAUAUCAACUUCAAAGAGUUUGCUGGCUUCCAGAUCGCACUGCUCAACAAGGAUGUAAAACCACAGGCUUAUCGAAAUGCCUACGACAUCCCUAGACGGAACCUUCUAGACCAGCUCACCCGAAUGCGCUCCAAUUUGCUGCGGACAUCACAGAAACUGAUUCGAGGGCAAGACGAAGACUAUCUUCACAGUAUUCCAGUGGCACAGAUGGGAAACUAUCAGGAGUACCUAAAAAUGAUGCCUUCUCCUCUGAGAGAGAUUGACCCCGACCAACCGAAACGUCUACACACAUUUGGGAAUCCUUUCAAACAGGAUAAGAAGGGCAUGAUGAUCGAUGAGGCAGAUGAGUUUGUCACAGGCCCUCAAAAUAAGAAAAGAGGAAAUUCCAAUGAUUCCAACUCGAGCGCUACUGUGAAGAGAAGGCGAAGUAUGUCCCCUUUGCUGCGGCGACCGCAGACUCCACCAGGGAACACCAACCAUGUGGUGGUGGGAAAGACUCCGAUGGGGGUUCAAGGGCAGCAGAAUCUCAUCAAACCCAUCCCACAGCACAAAGAAGUGGAUGGCAACAACUUGGUGGUCCCUGAGAGUAAUGGCGAUGGGGGCCUUGGGCCUGAGUCGGGGGAGAUCUGGCCCACUGAGUUGGACCCUGUAGUAGGAAACUCACCUUCACUGACCCUCGAGGAGAAGUCCAGGGUCUCCCACCCUGAACCAGCUGAUCAGGAAGAGGACAUCAACUUGGCGGAGGAGAGACUAGUGGAGGAUUGUCUAGAUGAGCAGCCACUGGAGGAUAAACACAACUGUGAACGACUGAGUCCGCAGAGCGAGUUCGAGGACACUGACCCUGACCCUGACCCGGCAGUGCUGGACACCAUUUUCAUAGCACCACUAGAUGGAAGCCAAGCAGAGCUGCGGACGCGGGUCAUAAAGGAAGUCCGCAAGCCUGGACGAAACUACGAUGCAAUACAGUCACUCCUGCAGCAGGUGAAGGGGCCUCUUAAUAUUCAGAGGUACUUCAUCCAACACGCCAUCAAAGAGGCCAUCAGGUUCAAGAAGCGGGUUCUGAUCCAGCAGCUGGAGUUGAUCCUUGCUGAGUUGGAGGAGAAGCAUGCAGCGUCCUUGCAGCUUUCCAACGAUAAUGGCACAUAGUCAUGAAGCCAUCUCUGCUUUGUUACUGAAGUACGUUUUGUUCACGGUUAAUUAUCACCACCAUCGAAGACGUCCUCAUUGACCUGCCUCAAAAAGACUGAGAAGCUGUAGGCAUAAAAAGGACAAAUGCACUGAGAGCAGAAGCUCCUACUGUCCCUGUGCUGUUACAUCACAUCCUGUUAGAGGCGGAGGGUCAGGGGUUUACUGGAGGAGGGGCCUCCAGCACAAAUCCACUGAGGAUGACUAAAGAGACUUUAAAUAUAAUCCUCUUUAUAUUGACAGAUGCCUUAAACAUCCAUACGGCUUUUGUCUGUAUCAGCACAUUGUUCAGAUACACACACAUACAAAUACACUCCGACACAGCAAACCAACAGAUCCUUCAAUAGCAGAGGAAGGCGUGGACAGGAUGGAUUAUUCCUGUUGUUGUUAUUCUUUAAAAAAACACCUUUCUUCAGCUGGUCUGAAAAGUGUUUGUAAGACUGCGACCAGUUUUUCUAGAGUAAUUAAUAUCAUGUAGCUGUAUGACCGACAGGAGGAAUCUGAUCCAACAGGGUUCCCCUCAUGUUUUUAGUGUUAAUAUCUGAUGUUGAUACUGGUACUGAACAUUUUCACUGGGAUAAUAAUCAUUGGAUUAUCUUGAUAUGCAUUAACAUUUAGGGUGGGCAAUAUGGAUCAAAGGAUGAUGAUGAUGUGCUUUUAUGUUGCAUUAGCAAUAUAUAAUGUAGUAUAUCAUCACAUACUGAAACUUCAAUUGAUACUUUCAAAAAUUCCCAUCACGGCCUUGAAAUGGCUCAAAUGUAACACUAAUAUGGCCCUGCCCCCGCUCCCUGUCUCCCCACCCUCACAGCGCCACCUGCAGUUAAGGAGCCUUUUCCAGCUCCUGAGCCCCACCCACAAGUUGACAGGAUUGGGGUCAUUAGGUUUGUGACUUUAAAACUUCCUGGUCAAUUGAAUCCAUUUUUUUCACAUUGGCAUUGGUUUACUGCUGUGUUCUCUCAUAAAAGGCCCAAGAAGGACAUGUUAACAUGUUUAAAAACAUGAAUUUCACUGGAGGGGGACUUCAACCAUAAAAUACCCGAUGGAAAUGUAUAUUUUUGGUCAGUCUAGUCAGUGACCUUUAUUAAACCAGGCAAGUCAUUAAAACAAAUUCUUAUUUACAAUAGCAGCCUGGCAAAGGGCAAAACACUAAAAGGACAGCAGCACACACCUUAAAUUACGUUUCGGUGCACUCAUCCAUAAUACACAACAAAACAGCAUAACAUAUGACGACAAGCAUUACUUGAAUUACACGCAGGUAAUCACACAAGCAUCAGACGAUACUACAGCAGAACAAGAGUAGUGUGCACAAGCUGCAAGGAAAACAGGCAAAGCACAAACAGCAGCAGCCGUAGAACAACAAUACAAAAGGACAGCAGAAAGACAGACACACAAAGAGUGCUGGUUGAUCCCAGUGAGUCAAAAAGCAGCUGUCAAUAAAAAUGACUUUAAUAGAGUCCUAAAAAAGUGACUGUGAAGUCAGUUGUCCAGAUUUAGUGUUUUUGGAUGCAGCAGCCUGAAGGGAUGACAAACCAAACAGUAUUUUUUCUGGAAGCUUUUAACAGAAUAAGAUGAUAGGAAAAAAAUACAUUGAAUUACAAAGCAGGUGAUAGUUUUUUAUCUUAUUCGCACAAGAUAAAAAUAAUUGUGCCCACAACUUAUUAAUUUUUUAAUAAUUAAUCGACUUCAUAUUGUCGAUGAAGUGGUAUCACCGUAGCGGUGAGAAAUCUGCUUAUCAGGUUUUAUUUCACCUUGGAGGGUACAGAGAGACACGAUUAUCAUCAGAAAUCUUUUGCUGCACAUUAACUUGUUCACAUGAGAUAUUUAUCAUCAUGUGCGCACAAGAUAAAAAGUAUCACCUGUCGGGCUCCAUACUAAAGAGAUAGUUACCUCUAUAUAUUAUAAAGGUGAAUGUUGAAUGGUAGACACAUUUCUCUGAACUCAGAGGCCAUAUUGCCCACCUCUAAUCUGUUGUGAUAAAGGUGAAACUUCAAACACUUCUCUCUUAAAGUCAUUUAGUCUCUAAAUGACCAAACUGGGUCCAAUAUGUUCCGAAAGGUCAGUUGUACUGAAUCACUCCGGGAAACAAAUGUCAUACAAUAGUCUAGAAUGUAGAAGCAUCAGGUUUUUGUGUGUUUUUUUUACACAUUAGUGAGUUGUACUCAGAACGGACCAAACACAAGACUGAUUUACUGACUGAGCAUCGGUGUCGUCCUACCUGCCAUCACAGCAGCACAACAUUGGUUCAGUGAAUGCAGCUGUUGGUAUCCAUUAAGAGGGGGUAACCCCCUCACCACACACACACACACACAUACACUUCCUCCUCAGCACAACAAACACUCCAUUGAUUCCCAGAAUUACAACUUUAUUCAGAGGAAUCUGUGCAUGUGUGCUCAGUGGACGAUCAUCUGUUGUUGGACUCAACAGCUGGUUAUCCGCCCUCUGCUGCUCUUCACACAAACCACAGUCAGCACUCCUCCUUCGUUCUCCUCGUUUUUACCACAGUUGUACAGUACUUUUUAAUGUUCAUAAGGAAUAUAGAUUAUUUUUGUGAAUUUGUUUAUUUCAGAGUAUAUAAACUAUUUUCAAAGGAAAUGUUUAAAAGCCAAUUUUGUAAACUGUUAAAUGCAUAUACAAAAGUGUAAAGUUUUAUGAACA